AUGUCGGAUGCCUCCUCCGUUGUAGGCUUCACCCUCCUGGUGGCCUUGCUGGCUUCCACCUUAUUCUUCGUCCAGCGAAGGAAACUGGAUCCCCGGGAACCACCUUCGGUCUCCACCGCAAUCCCGCUCGUCGGCCAUCUGUUGUCAUUUCUGUACUAUGGCCUCGAGUACUUUGCGACGGCGAGCCGCAAAAACCGUCUCCCUGCCUUCACGAUGGACAUGCUCUAUGCGAAGGUCUAUAUCAUUGCAUCGCCCGAGCUGGUCUCCGCGGUGCGACGCAGCCGCAACGCAAUGUCAUUUGGUCCGCUAUUCGAAAAUGUUGCUGAGCAUGGGGCGGGUGUCAACGGUCGCGGGAUGCAGCUUCUCCGCGACAAAGAGUCUGGAGGUCAGGGACUGGGGCAGCGAACUGCGGACUCCAUGCACCCCGCUCUGUUGGGCACCGGGCUAGAUCAAAUGAACGGAAAGAUGAUCACGACCCUCAAUACCCUUAUCGAUGAGUUAGCAUCCCAACCAGACACGGUGGUGGAUCUCUACGAGUGGUGCUGCCAUGCCGUUACGGUCGCCAGUACAGAUGCCAUUUAUGGCCCAUUGAAUCCUUACCGGUCCGAGAGCAACCGACACGCUUUCUGGGCUAUUGAAUCGAAUCUAAGUCUGCUCAUGAUGAAUACCCUUCCCUGGAUCACCGCACGGAAACCGUGGAAAGGCAGACAGCAACUGGCCCAAGCCUUCAUCCAAUACUACCAAGCGGAUGGACAUCUGGAUUCCUCGCAGUUGGCGUACACUCGAUGGAAAGUUCAGCACGAGGCGGGGGCAGCCCUCGAGGACAUUGCGCGCUUGGAGGCGUUCACGGGUCUGGGCAUUCUCUCCAACACCGUUCCGACCUGCUUCUGGGUCCUGUUUGAUAUCUUCUCUCGCCCUGAUCUUCUUCAUAAAAUCCGCCAGGAGAUCCACACAGGGGCCCUGUCGAUUGACUCGGCGGGCGUUCACAACCUGGACCUAGCGGAUAUCCGUGAGAAGUGUCCGAUUUUCGUCUCAACGUUUCAAGAAACUCUCCGUACUCGGUCAAAUUCCGGACAGUUGCGUGUUGUUCAAAAGGAUACCUUACUUGAUGAUCGCCUACUUGUGAAAGCCGGGUCCAUUAUUCUGAUGCCUGCGGCAGUUAUUAACAAGCAUCCUUCCGUCUGGGGCUCGGACGCCGAUACAUAUGACCCAGAGCGGUUCAGCAAGAUCGAUCCGGUGGAAAAGCGAUCCAAGGCGUCUGGAUUCAUGUCUUUCGGUUCGUCCCCACAUAUCUGCCCCGGACGCCAUUUUGCAUCCGGCGAGAUCCUGGCGCUGGUUGCCAUGAUCCUGGUGCGAUUCGACGUUCGUCCCGUCCGGGACACAUGGGUCGAACCCAAGGGAAACACGAAGGCAGUCGCUGCAUCGCUGCCUCCCGCGGCGGAGAAGGUUGAGGUGAAACUUUCCGAGACGUCCAGGUUUGCCGGUGUGACCUGGGGAUAUCGGCUUACGCCCGGAAAGGGAACCUUUGGUCUGAUCACUGGAUAA